AUGGAGGGAAAGGUUCUGGAGCUGGCCACCAUCAAGGACAGCAUCGGCAAGCGGUCGCAGCCGGUGGACUGCUCGCCCAAGUACGCCGCCGAAACGGUAAACUUUCCCGGCUGCUCGCCGUCCCGCUGCGGCCGGCUCAUCUCAGACCGGGUGGUGACGCCGCACGAGGCCCGCACGCUGCGACACAUGGCCAGCCGCGCCUUCGCCCUCACCGGCGGCUCUGGUGGCGGCGCCAGUAUCCUGGACCUGCACAGCGGCGCUCUCUCCAAGGGCAGCGCCUUUGUCAACGUGUACCGGCUGCCCGAGGCCCACGACCUGCUGAGCGAGGACGACCUGCGGCUCUACACGGGCGUCAAACGGCGUGUGGCGCAGCUGGUGACGGAGCACUUCGGCCUGGAGGGCGGCGUGCUGCACCUGGCCAAGCCCACCUUCUUCUCGCGCAUCACGGCCGCGCCCGCGAGGACCGUACAUGACCAGUACUGGCACUCCCACGUCGAUAAGGAGACGUACCCCUCCUUCCACUACACCAGCCUGGUGUACCUCAACGACUACGGCUCGGACUUCACGGGGGGCCGCUUCAUCUACAACGACAAGGACGCCAACCGUACCAUAGAGCCCAAGGCAGGCCGGGUGUCCGCCUUCACGGCCGGCUGGGAGAACCCGCACCAGGUGGAGCCGGUGGCAGACGGCGUGCGGUUCGCUCUUACGGUCGCCUUCACGUGCGACGCCAGCCAGGCCAUCUCCGACCCGGCGCACGCCGGCGCCGCGCCCUCCGGGCCCAGCCGCUGACCUCGCCGGCGUGCCCCGCCCCUCUGGGUCGCUCCGCGCCUUCGGUGCGCUCUGCGCCUUGGCGGGUUGUGGCGCCGCGCGCGUCGGCGGUAGGGAUUGACGGCCGGCUGUCCCCGGCAGUGGCCGGCCCGUCGGUGCCGUCCGGGAACCUCGAGAGGGUGCGGGCGGCGGCGGGUGGGCUGCAUGGUGUUGACCUCCCGGCGCACUGGCUGUCGGGGCGGCCGGGGGUCGUGUUGUGGCCCCGCUCCGGCAGGGGUACCGCCAUCUCCCACCGGCGUGUCCUUGGCGUGUCCGUGCCCUCACCCGGGUGCUGUCCUUCGAGAUCUGUUCAGUGCCUAUGCGGUCGGCGAAUGUCUUUAAUAUAGAUCUCAGUACCUGCCAAACAUGCAAUAUCGAAAUUAUGCCGGCGUCGUGUCGCGACGUUCACAAAUUCGCUGGCGGUGGAAGCCCGGCCUCGGUCUUCUCGGGGCCGGAUCCGUCCCAUCCGCCAUUGAUAACGGGGGCGGCGAUCUAUCGGUUGAGCGAGUGUGCCGCUUCGUCUUCUUCCGCGAGUCAUUGAGUUGGUGGCGUGGCGUUAGCCAACCUAGCAUUGGGAUAAAGCUGUGGUUAGUGUUCAAAGCAGGGCUCAAUGCGUAGCGUGGGCAUUGGUGUGGUUUUGAAUUGGUCACGCUUUGCGGGACUGGUGCGACAUUGCUGGGUGUUUGAUUUUACGUGCGUUAAUUAUGUGAUUAGUUCUGAACCGAUACGUGUGAUUCGUCGCAAUGGUGGUCAUGCUGAACACUGCGGCACGAUUCGGAAGUUUUUCAUUUUGACUGGCAUAAUGGUAUGUAUUGAUUGUUUUAUCUUCUUUUGGUGUCGUGACCGGGGUAUUAAGCUUCGGGGCAUUCCUUGCAUACGAUGCGGUAAUGUAGAUUCGCAACCUACUCGUUAUCGACUCAUCAUUCCUCUCGUGACUUGUGAUACUGUAUGGUUCAGGUAUUGGAUGUCGCAAAAUACACAGGCCAAGCUUCG